GGCAAAUUGGGCUCCUCCCGUUGGGCUGAUUGAGGCUCAACCCAAAGAGCCUUAUUGGCAUUACCAUUACGAAGUAAGUGUGCCUUGAGCGCGUUUUGCCGUGGUGCCGAUAUUUUCCCCCAUGGCGUUCGAACAGGUCUAGCCUGCCAAAUGGAUUGAUUAGAGGGUGUCGUCGGGUACAAUCGCACUCGUCGGGCUCGUCGUCCCCAGAUGAGCCCCAAAGCUGCCCAGAUAAGAUUUGUCGCACAUAAAACGAGAGGCAAGAUUGUAGAGUCUCGAGAGUUUUGAAGCACAUCGCAAGUUACAAUUCCACCAUUCUCGCCAUGGCGCUGAAUGCGAAUUCGCCUCUGUCUAUCAGGGACCAGUGGGCCCGCCAGAAUGCCAUCCACGGGGUCCAGCAUGACUGGAAUGAUCUCGUCCGGCGCCAUAUCCGAGGCCAACCACGGCGUCCUUUGAUCCUCGAUGGCGACGACCUUCCACCCGCUCCGACUCCUCCUAUCGCCAAAUUCCCCUUCUGGGAACCCGACACGACAAUCAACGUCGGUAUCAUUGGCGCAGGCGCUGGCGGCCUCUUCACCGCCCUUGUGCUCGAUUACCUUAACUUCCAACUCGCCAUAAGAGCUCUGCAGAAAGGCCCGUACACGGGAGUAAUGCCAUCCGACGAGUCGCCCGAGCAAUAUUUUCUGGGCAAUAAGCUGCCGCCACGGUUAACAUUCGAGUAUGAUAUCAUCGAAGCCGCCAAGCCAGAAAGGCUCGGGGGCCGACUCUACACUCACGAUUUUGGCGGCCCGCGUGACACCCAUGACUAUUACGAUGUCGGGGCGAUGAGGUUUCCGGACAACCCGGUCAUGACGAGGACGUUCGACCUCUUCGCCAAGCUUGGCAUGGAGAAAACCGACCUGAAAACAAACCCAGGCGCCGAGGACGGAUCCAUAAUUCCUUACUAUAUGAAGAAUGGGGACACCGCAUCUACCACAAUCGAGCCGUGGAGUUACAACGACAUCACCAAAUGGGGCACUUACGACGGGAUUCGUUCCCAAUCCACCGACAACGACCCCUUCCUCAUGUCAACUGACGAUUGCAUCCCUCCAGGAAUUCUCGAACAUUCCCCUGAUGAUGUCAUGAAGGCUGCGAUGAAACCACUCAGAGAUGCGCUGAAGAGAGAUGCCGAACAGGUCCCGCUCGGACGUGCAGGCUGGGAUCUCCUCAUGAAGUACGAUACUUUCAGUACUCGACAGUAUCUGGCCACGGGCCCUUCUGAACCGAUGACCACGGCACCCAUUCCGUCACCACCGUACAACUACGAUACUAUCGAGUGGAUGGAAACCUUCAACGGCGGAACCAAUUGGUACGACCAAGCAUAUAGCGAGACGGUUCUCGAGUCCUUGGACUUUGAGUUUGACGACGACACCAAGUGGUACUGCAUCCUGGGAGGCGCCCAACAGCUCGCCAAGAAGAUGGAAGCGAAUCUUGUGCAGAAGAACAAGAUCAGCUACAACUCUCCGGUCACGGCAAUCAGGGCCACAGGCUUUAUGGAAGUGGAAGUCGAUGUAUCGCCGAAGUCUGGAGAACCGAAGACAAACACGUACCACGGCGUCGUCAACACAACGACCCUGGGCUGCCUACGGCGAAUGGACCUCCGCGAGGCCGGACUCAGCUACGGCGUCAAGCAAGCCAGCCGCAGCCUGGGAUACGGCCCGGCGGCCAAGGUCGCCAUCAAGUUCAGCCGUGCCUGGUGGAUCCAUGACCUCGGCAAGUACAACGUCAAGAUGGGCGGCCUCGGCCAUUCCGACCUCAACUCGCGUAUCUGCGUCUACCCGUCCUACAACAUCUACGACGACGAGACCAAGACUGCUGUGCUGCUGUGCUCCUACACCUGGCAACAGGACUCGGAGCGCCUCUCGUCCCUGAUGUCGACCAACGAGGACCACGCCCAGAAGGUCAAGGACGAGGCGGCGCUGAAGGCGCUCCUCCUCCGCGACCUGGCCCGCCUGCACGCCAACGACGACAUGACCGAGGCCGAGCUACACGACCUCAUCACCGAGAGUUACGUCGACCAUCACGCCUUCGACUGGGACAAGGAUCCCAACUCGGCGGGCGCGUUCGCCUUCUUCCGCCCGCAGCAGUUCACGUCCAUGUGGGGCCGCAUGAUCUGGCCGUCGGGCGACGUGGUCGUCGCGGGCGAGGCGGCGAGCCCGCACCACGCGUGGGUCGUGGGCGCGCUCGAGAGCGUCGUCCACGGCCUGCACGCCUGGCUGGGGAUGAACGUCGGCGCCGUGCCCGGGUUCGCGGACGCCAUCGACAUACUUGAGAAUGAUGAACCGGGAAACCCCUUUGUUGGCUUGCCUCCUUACAUGGAUGAGAAUAUCUCGCAGUGGCACUCGUACCUUGGCGUAAUCCGUCGCUACGAGCACUUGAGAUGCAUGGAGCCGGAAGAGGAGCGGGGGACGAAGCGGCGGGUAGAGCAGAGGCGGGAACAUCUGCAGGAGGGCGAGCAGGAGCAGCUUGUCGGUCUGCUUUCACGCCUUGACAUCAAGUCGCAUGGUCCGGGAUAGUUUGGGGUUCUCCAUACCGUUCUCCAGAUCUCCAUCCCUUUUUGCCUAGUACCAGAUUGUAUUUCUCUUCGACCACUUAACUAGCACUGCGAGAAUUGAGACUAGAGCAGAUCCUCUACCCCGU